CAUGUGUUGUCGGCGCCGCGGCAGGUGUGUGCAUAUUCAUGUUGGAAUCGGAUGAUGAUAAUAUUAAAUGUCUCCAGAGAUAUCGACAUAAUUAUUGCAUUUUGCUGAGAUGUUUUCUGUGUAUGGAUCAUACCCACAAUGACGACAUCAGGAGAAAACUAAUGGUCUGUGAUUUCAUUUCACAAGGGUGUUGACCAGAAUGGCAGACGGUGGAAAUGCAUCCAAUGAUGAGAAAACGACGACCCCACCCAUAUGUGCCGUCUGCGGUGACCAAGCCAAUGGCAUGCACUACCGUGCCUUGACCUGCGAAGGAUGUAAGACAUUCUUCAGACGGAACGGGAGGAAGAGGGCCGAUCUUAAGUGCGAGAUGGGAUCGAACGGGAAGUGUGUGAUGGACUUGUACAUGAGACGGCACUGUAGCGGCUGCAGAAUGAACAAAUGUCUUGAAGUCGGUAUGCGGCUGGACAGGUUAUGGGACAAAGAGAGGAUCAAAACACGAAAACCGAUCGUCAAGAAACUCAAACCCAAAGGUGCUCCCGGUGAAUCAAGUAACUCAGAAGUGCCUGGUGAGCCAACUUGCUCAUCGAGUGUUUCAGGGACUCAAGAGGAAGCUCCUAGUGCGUCGACAGCAGCGGUGUACUCGACGUUCGACACUGAAAAAGUUGAGUCUCAUUUGCAGCUCGCUGCUAAGAUGAAAGCAGCUUACUUGCAAUCGCAAGAACUCGUUAAAAAUGAAAAGUCGGACAAAGUUCCUGAUAUAAUUCUGGACACGGUUGCAGCAGGAAAACUACCUCAGAAUCCUCCUCAUCAGUCAAGGCAAGGAAGAAGUAAAGAAAAACCAGAAACAAAACAAGAAGACAAACUCAUUAUGGAUGUGGCUAUAAUUGAUAUCCAACAGCGGCCGCGAGAACGGAGUUUGGCUUCAAACGCCAAAGGCAGGUUGGUCGGGAAACAGGGCAAGCAUCUAGUCAUCGAAGACGUUGUCAGUACAGAAUUUAUCCCAAGCCCAAACAGAGCCACCACCUCUGAAGUAACUCAAAUGAACCCACCAUUAGAUCCAGAAGGAUUGUCGCAGAAAAGCUGUGAGUUUCAAACUCAGAUUGAUGCAAGACGGGGUUCAAGUGCCUCGUCCGAACUCAAAUACCAAGAAGUUUUACCGCCCAGGGAGAUGCUUCCUCUUAGUGGGAGGGCUCCCUCUCCACUUAAGAACUCCAUGCAGAAGGAUUUUGAUGCAUCAGAAAAAUCUGAUGCUUCUGUUCAACGGGAAAGGACCGUUUCGGAUUCUUGUGCUCCAACUUCAGGAGUUUGUGACGACCAAUCGACAGAAUAUCUGACGCAGCAAGCCGCCUCCUCAUCCUCUCAAACGCCGCAUACGUUAAAGAAAUGCCAUCCUAAGUUUUACAGAUCUCAGUCGAAUCUUAGUAGGAGCCCCGACAGCGCAGGGCCGUCUGUAUCCUUUGGGAAUAUCAAAACUUUGCCUAAAGAUUCCUCGAGAUCAAGUUCCGUAAAUCUGGCGCUCGUUUCACCCGUCAAGAAUGCAGACCGUCAGACUCAAUCUACAUGUACAUCUUACGUUGCCAACGAUCCGAGUCAAAGUGCCUCGAGAGAGAAGCUUAUUUUUGGAAACUCUGCCUCUGCUGCUGCUUCCGCAGGUCUGAGUGAAAUUGCUAAGAGUGUGGGUGUGGACCUGGCCGUCUUCAAGCACUUCAUGGAGGUGAUGAUUUUGGUCUUGAAGAAUAUGACGAUGUUUGCUAAGUGCCUUCAGGGCUUCAGCACUCUUACAUGGGAAGAUCAGGCUUCACUGGUUAAAGGUGCUUACUUGGAGUUCUUAAUUCUGACGUCUGCCGAGCUUUUCGACUUAAAGAGCAAGUCAUUCGUCAGUGAGCUCGUGCCAGGGCAGGAAUACACGCAGGAUGUUGGGAGUAUGGGGGGAUUCGGUGAAGUCUUCAAUAGUUGUGUAUCUUUCUCGGAGAAGAUGCAUAAACUUGAGUUACGUCAGGAGGAGACCGCUCUGCUGUUUGCUAUCUCUAUAAUGACGCCAGAUCGUCCUGACGUCCAAGACAUUACUUCCAUCUCAUCCGAGCAGCAGAUAUUGGUCGAGGCCCUACAGACUUGUCUGAAACACAAUCACCCGGACAAAACCAACUUAUUUCCUAAGACCAUAAUGCUGCUGACGGACGUCCGAGACCUCACCGAGAAAUACAUGGAGGACAUUAUGAACCUAAAGCUGCAGGGAAAAGAGAUUCUCCCACUACUCUGUGAAAUGUUUAAUUUAUGAUUAGAUAGUCAUCAUCGGACGGAAGUCAAUCUCGCCCCUACCUCAAGUCUAUUCGACAUCUCAACUGAAGUCUUAAAGGCACUGGACACUAUUGAUAAAUACUCAAAAUAAUUAUUAGCAAAAAACCUUACUUGGUAACGAG